AUCGCAAUUGGUUCCGUCCAGUUCCGUCAGUUCUGCAGGCGCGGCGCGAUCUCCUGGUUUGAUUAGCACGCUCUAUCCCCUUUUAACCCCGGGUUCGGGUGUCCGUGUUGGUGUCCGAACUCCGAACCCAGCGGGACCGAGGUGCGAGCAAACAACUUGAAGGAGUCAAGAAGGUCGGCCCUUCGGAGUAAAUCGGCCGAUCCCCGGUGAAUUCGCGCGUUCGCGUCCGCGAUGGCGUCCGCGAAGAGAAAGCAGGACGAGAGGAACCUGAAGACGCUCCGCGAGUUCGUCUCCCAGCCGGGGAACAAGGAGUGCUUCGACUGCAACCAGCGCGGGCCGACUUACGUCAACAUGACGAUCGGCUCGUUCGUCUGCACUUCUUGCUCUGGUAUGCUACGAGGGUUGACUCCACCACAUAGAGUGAAAUCCAUUUCUAUGGCGACGUUCACUCAGGAGGAGAUAGAUUUUAUAAAGGAACAUGGUAACGAUUACUGCCGGAGAGUCUGGCUAGGUCUGAUGAACAUGAAUCCACCGCUGAACUUGGACACAAAGGACGAGCAGAAGAUGAAAGACCUGAUGAGCGCCAAGUACGAGCUAAAGAGAUACUACCUCGAUCCUUCGCUUGCGGAUCAGAAUACAGUCCAGCAAAAAUCUACAACUAACAACAGCAGCAACAGCAGCGUUAUUCCCAGGGUCCCAAAUGCGUCAGUCGGUCAAAAGUCAAUCAACAACGCAGAGCUGAGAAACAAUUUGAACAAUUCCAACAAUUCAAACAGUUCGAAUAAUUUCUCCACGGAUUUCGUUGCCGAUUUCAGCAAGGUUCCUUCUGACCCUUUCUGCUCUCCGACCACCAAUCACUUUGGCCAGCAACCGAUCACGUCGCAGCCGACGUUCUUCGCUAACUUUGACAAUAAUCCGAUAUUUAAUAAUUCAAGUAAUAUGGAAACGUCGGCAGUAUUUAAUCAAGUCGGUUCCACGAUCAACGGAGCGCACGCGCCACCCUCCGAGGAUCGUUAUGCGGCACUGAAAGACUUAGACUCGCUGAUGAAGCAAACGCAAUUGAAGGAGGAGACGGCAGGAAUGCAGUCCACAUGGAAUGCAAAUAAUACGAAUGCAUCGAACGCUACGUGGAGUAUAGGAGUAGGUAAUCAUCAGCAUGUCAUCUCGAACCCGUUCGCGGGUGGAGAUUUAUGGCGACCGUCUGCGAAUAUAAUCAACAAUAAUAAUACUCAAUCCGUCGAUAAUUCUCUCUGCAAUCCUGCAAAUCCGUUUAAACCAACUCAGUUUCCUGUAAAUAAUGAUUCACAGUGGAUAGGCAUUGGUGCAUCUAGCAACGGGGAUGUACUUCAAUUGAGUCAACUUAUGACGCCGUUAUGGCAACCGACAGUUCAUGCAAACCCAUUUAUGGUGGGUAUGGGAGUAAGCAAUAUGACGAGGAAUUCGAAGAAUCCAUUCUUAUGAUUAUGUACGCAUAAGCUUUUAACGGAGUUACGAACAAACUAAAUGCAAAACUAAAAUAUAUUUUAGACUA